GGGUUGGGCGUGGUGGCCGGACAUCCCACGUGGUCCCAGGGCUGAGUUCACACUCGGGUACUGAGCCUUGGCGCGCUUCCUCUUCGGCACUUCAGCGAGUUUGGACCUCAGGCCAGGGCCACUAGAGUUCGGGGUCCCUGGAGGCCGGGAUCCGCGUCCCCUGGCAUCCUGGGCGGGUGACCGAGAAGCGCAGGGGCCACCUCCUCCGCCGCUAUGCGGAAGCCGGAUGGGAAGAUCGUGCUGCUGGGGGACAUGAACGUGGGUAAAACGUCGCUGCUGCAGCGCUACAUGGAGCGUCGCUUCCCAGACACGGUCAGCACCGUGGGCGGCGCCUUCUACCUGAAGCAGUGGCGUUCCUUCAACAUCUCCAUAUGGGACACCGCAGGGCGGGAGCAGUUCCACGGUCUGGGCUCCAUGUACUGCCGGGGAGCGGCCGCUAUUAUCCUUACCUACGAUGUGAAUCACCCACAGAGCCUGUUGGAGCUGGAGGACAGAUUCCUGAGCCUGACAGAAACAGCCAACGACGACUGCCUCUUUGCCAUUGUGGGAAACAAAGUGGACCUGACCAUGGAGGGCGGGGAGAAGGAAGGACAGGUCUCUGGGAAGUUGGGCAGCUGUGUCUCCUCCAGGGUCCCCAAGCAGGUGCAUCCAGAGGAUGCAGUGGCUCUUUACAAGAAGAUCCUGAAGUACAAGAUGCUGGACGAGAGGGAGAUGCCAGCUGCUGAGCAGAUGUGCUUCGAGACCAGUGCCAAGACAGGAUACAAUGUGGACCUCCUCUUUGAAACCUUGUUUGACCUGGUGGUACCUAUGAUCACACGGCAGAAGGCUGAGGGGCCGUCGCAGACUGUGGAUAUAACCAGCUACAAAACACCCAAACAGACUAGAUCGGGGUGCUGUGCCUGACAGCAGCAGGGCUCUCUUGUCAUCUGGUGUGUGUGGGAGCCACUAGGCUAAGAAAUCUCAUACAACACUGUGUACUGGGGACAGUGGGCAGAGUGACCACCAGCUGCUCAUACAGGCCAUCCGGAGGUGGCACUCAAGCCCUCCGUGGAGCCAGCUUAGUGCCACCUCAUCUACUGCCCUAUGCUUCUCUCAUGGAGAUCCCACCAUGGAGUCUGCAGUCUGAAGACCUGCCUUGGACUGGUCUUGACUCUGGCACUCACUAUAUCCUGCACUGUGUCUGUUCUCAGAGGCCUGUGUCCACUGUGAUUCAUAUAUGGUCUUCCCGUUUGAUACCUGUACCUUGAUACGUUAAGAUGAUGAUUUUCCACAUUUAAUUUAUAUAAAAUCAGGAAUGGCCGUUUUUAUACUGGGUGAAGCCAGAUGGGCUAUAGAUUAUUAAAAUUUAUUUGAGGAAAAGCCA